CAAUUCAAUACAAGAAAACUCAUUGCCACUACCAUUUUCUGCAUGCUCUCUCGGUGGCUCUUCAAAACCUCUCUUCUCUUUACUCUCUCUGUCUCUGUUCGAUCCUCUGUUUUCUCUACUGUCUAAAUUUCUUUGCAAUUUUUUGUGGACAAAAUAGCAAAUCCUAAUUUUGAUUAGAGAAAAUUUGGGUAUUCUGAGAUGGGAACAAAGAGGGGCAGUUCGAGGAUGAGUGUUUUGUUUGAAAGGUUGAGGAAGCUGCCAAUGAAGGUGAAGAUCUUUUGUGGGGCGUUGCUUGCUCUCUGUGCUUUGGUGGCCUUGAAGUUCACCUUCACAACCAAUUACUAUUACUUCAUAGCCUCUGAAGCAGUCCAUGUUAUUGGAAUCAUUGCUCUCAUAUACAAGCUUUUUGCCCUCAAGACAUGCUCUGGGUUAUCCCUCAAGACUCAAGAGCUCACAGCUUUAUUUCUAGCAGCAAGAUUAUGUUGUAGCACUUUGACAGAGGCUAACAUACACACAGUGCUAGAUCUGAUAUCUCUUUUUUCAACAUUAGUGGUCAUAUGGAUGAUAAGAUUCAAGUUGAAGUCAUCCUAUAUCAAGGAUCUUGACAAUAUGAAACUCUACUUUGUGGUUGUCCCUUCUGCAAUCGUUGCAGUACUAAUCCACCCUUUAACACACCAUUGGCGUGUGAUUCGAAUAGUUUGGGCAUUCAGUUUGUAUUUGGAAGCUGUCUCUGUUCUUCCUCAGCUUCGUUUUAUGCAGAAUGCGAAGAUGGUUGAAACAUUUACAGGGUACUAUGUAUUUGCUCUUGGUGUUUCUAGAUUCAUGGCUCUGGCUUAUUGGAUAAUUCAGAUCUACGAGACCGGAGGAACAUAUCUAUUUUUGGCUGGAAGUGGCUAUUUUUGGUUUUUGGCAGCUUUUCUGGCUGAGAUGGUUCAAUCCUUCAUCUUGGCUGACUUUUGUUACUAUUACAUGAAAAGCUUCAUGCAAGGACAACUUUUGAGGAAAAUGCCUGUUUAAGGAUCUUGGAACCUAUUCUAUCAAAAAGGAAAAUCAUGCCUAAUUGAUGGAAUGAGUUUUUAUUUGUUGUAAUUUUUUUUUGAGCUGAGACUAGGUUGUCCCGUGUAUGUUUAGUUGGAAUCACUUUUUGUAUAUGAACAUCCUUUUGGUGUUAACCUAAUUUUCAUAUUACUUCCCGCAA